AUGAGAACGUCCCUCUUUUACGCCCUUAACGGGGCCCUCGGGGUUGUAGCCCACGAGUCGCUUGCCCAUUUCAAGAUUGAAUCCGGUAAAGAAGAGCAUCGCUCUCUUGAAGGAUGUUCAAAGGAUGGCAAGCACAAGUGGGUUCCCGACCCUGCGACAUUUGUCUUCCCUGAGAACGACUAUAAGCCUGGCAACUCCUGGGAUCUCUGUGUCGGCACAUCUCAUUGCGCCCCCCACGAGGCCUUGACUCAGGUUUCCUUCGAUUUCAAGGACAACGGCAUCGUCUUCAACUUCAAGCAUAUCGAUCACUACAAGUACGAAGAUGUAGCCGUCUACAUCGAGCGUGGUCAGCCUCCCACAGAGGACUCUUUCAAGUACAACAAGAAGAGCGACCACUGCAAGGCCAAGAACGACUACAAGGAGGCCAAGUGCUUGGUCCCCUUUUUCUCCCUCUCGGAUGGCGGCUCUUACGGCGACCUCUGUCCCCUCGAGGACAAUGGAGGCUGGAGACUUUACAUCAAGGUCAAGGCUACCAUUUCCCACGGGCACAAGAAGUACGAGCUCUACAGCCGCUCUCCUGACAUUAACGAGAAGUACUUCGUUCUCAGCUAUACUUGCGCUGAGUGCAAGGAGUACAAGCACAAGAAGAUCGAGUUGAUUGAGGAGAAGGAAGAAGAGGAAGAGGCCGAAGCCGAAGCCGAAGAAUCUGAAGAAGAAAAGAAGUACAAGAAGAACAAGGAAGAAGCAGAGGAAAAGGCCGAGGAAGAGAAGAAGAAGUACAAGAAGAAGAAGGAGGAGGAGGAGGAGGAGGCUGAAGCUCAGGAAGAGGAAGAGAAGAAGUAUAAGAAGAAGAAGGAGGAAGAGGAGGAGGUUGAAGCCGAAGAGGAAGAAGAGAAGCACAAGGAACACCACCAUGAGCAUUACCACAAGCAUCACCAUAACCAUGGUCACAACCAUGCUCAUCGUCAUGGACACAGACACGGUCACCUCCACGGUCACCUCCACAAGGAGCAUCAUCAUCAUGAUCACCGCCAUAAGAAGCAUCAUCAUGACCUUCAUCACAAGGACCAUCAUCAUGAUCCCCAUCACAAGCAUCAUGCCCGUUCAUAUGAUCAUCAUGAUCAUCAUGACCACCAUAAGAACCACGAUCCUGGACAUUACCAUCAUGACCACCACGAUGGCCACAAGCACCACGAUCAUCACGAUCCCGGACAUCAUCACGGUCACCACGGUCAUCAUGGUCAUCACGAUGCUUAUGAUCACUACAAGCUCCAUCACUACUAUGAUCCUAGCAGCCACCGUGACUUCAAUGCUUUCUUGGACGAUUACUUCAAGCACUUCGGCUAUCACUACCACCGCGACGAUCCCGGUCAUCACCAUGGUCACCACGAUGGUCUCCACCAUGAUCCUCACAAGCACCACCAUGGCGAACAUCACGAUGGAAAGCACCACCACUAUGAGCACCAUGAUGGAAAUCAUCACCACAAUGAGCAUCACGGCCAUCAUCAUGUUGAGCACCACAACCAUCACCACGGUCACGACGAGGGUCACAAGCACCACCACGGCGAGCACCAUGAUGGGUACCACCACCACCAUGCGCGUGGCUUGCUUGAGGAUGACGGAGAGAAGCACCAUGGUCACGGACAUAAGCACCAUCACGGACAUCAUCAUGGCCAUAACCACAGCCACGCUCAUGACCAUGUCCACAAGCACCGCCACAAGCACUUUGACGACCAUUACCACUAUAAGCAGCAUCACGUUUACUACGACUAUAAGGAUGAUGGUCACCACGACGGACACCACCAUGGUUAUGAUCAUCACGAUCAUCACGAUCAUCACAAGCAUCAUCACGACGGCCAUCAUCAUGAUCAUCACAAGCACCAUUAUGGUCACCACGACCCUCACCACUAUGGUCAUCACGAUGGCCACCACGGUCACCACCACCAUGAUCCUCAUAAGCAUCACUACAGCCAUGAGUACGACUAUGGCCACCACAAGCGAUCAAUUGAGCACAAGGAUCCAGUUUCUGUCUACUACAAGGAAAAGUCCGAUCACUCUCGUACUCACAUUAAUACUUCCAAGAAGGAAAAGGCAUCUCAGAGUGAGCUCGAGGCCGAGAAGCACAAGAAGCUUUUAGAAGAGGUCAACAAGAAGCACGAGCACAAGUACAAGCACAAGGAUGAUCCUGAGCACCAGUAUCACUCCGAAGAGGACAAGUACAAACAUGAGAAAGAGCACGGGCACAAGUACAAAUAUGGACCUAAGUACGAGCAUGAGCAUGAGCACGAGCAUGAUAAGAGGUCUGCUUCCGUGCAUGGUGGUUACAAGAAGUCCGAGGAAGAGGUCAAAGAGAUUCUGAAGGGACAUUUCCAAGAGGCUCUUAACAAGUUCUACCAUCUUCACUUCGGAAAGAAGGCGCAUAAGCACUACGAGCACGAGAAGCCUGAGGAGAAGCACGACUCUGGCCACUAUAAGCACUAUGAGUACAAGGACGAAGAGCCUGAGAAACACCACUCUGGUCACCACGAGCACAAGGAUCAUGAGCCAAAGGAAGAGCACAAGGAGCACCACUCAAAGGAAGAUGAGCAUGGGCAUGAGCCCAAGAAUUAUCAUCACGAUCAGCAUGAGGAACAUGAGGAUAAGCCUGAAGAGAAGCAUCACUACGACCAUCAUGAGCAUAAGGAGCAUGAACAUGAGCCCACCGGGUACGAAAAGUCCUCCCACUACUCCGCCAAGAAGGCGAGCUUGGAGGAUGAGAAGGAAAAGGCCAAGCACGAGGCUUUGGAGAAGCUUUGGGAUGCCCGCGUCACUCAUGAGCGCAAGUUCAGAGAGAAGCUUUUUGUCAUUGAUGCCGGACACUGGGGUGGUAAGGGCGCCCACAAGCGCUCUCUUGAGUCCAAGUCUAACAAAGCUACCGAGGCUACUGAGUUAGAAGCCAACAGUGCCAAGGUAGAGGAGUACAUUGAGGAGGCUGAGGACAACAUCUCCAACGCUAUCGAGGAGGUCAUCCGAAAGGCUGUUAAGAAGGCCGGUUCAGACCCUACCUCUGGAACUAUCCUCAAGUACGUCAGGAAGGUUGAGAAAGCCAUCAAGAGUAUCAUCGCAGACAACAUCAAGAAGACCAUCACCUACAUCGUCACGAUUGAAGGUGUUGCAGAGCCUGAGGAGGAAGUCGUUAUUGAGUGCCUUGCUCGUGCUAUCAGCGAAAUCAUCAAGGCUGCCGACAAGAUCUUCGCCAAGACCCUCGAGGCUCUGGGUGAUAAUCCUUCAGAUGAGGAGGUCGAACACGCCAUCGAGAAGGUUCUGAAGCUUCUUGAGAAGAUCAUCGACAAGGAAGUCCGCAAGGCCCUCAUUGCCAUCUUCGAGUUGGAGGAGGAGACCGCUGAGACUACUGAGUCCACCGAGCAUGAGAAGUUGGAUAAUCGAAGCAAGGAUGGUAAGCACGAUAAGCGCUCAGAUCCCUAUGACGACACCACGGUCGAGAAGGCUGUUGAAAAGACCGUUGAGAAAUGGGCUGCUAAGUACGUCGAAGCAGAUGAGAAGGAGCAUAAGCCCCUGAAGCGCUCCGUGCGAUUCGCCCGACUCUACAACUGA